UGGCAGCCUUGCAGAGCAGACGACGAACGCUUUAUUUCAUUCAGUUUCUGUUGUGUCGUGUCUUUGGUGUUUUUUCAUUUCAUUUUUAAUUACAAAUGAAAACAUUUCGCCUCGUGAUAAACUAGAAACUAUAAAAUGGAUAAAAUUAAAAUUGAAAAAGGAACCAGUACUGAAGAACAGAUCGUAGAGCUUUUGAACUCGGCAGCUACAGAAAGCGACGAUCAAUCAAAAGUCGACUGUUUGAUCAAAAUUCAAGAGUUGAUUAUUCACAAGGAACCAGGCCUGCUGGAUAAUUUUGUUGAUGAAAUAACAGCUUUUCAACAUGAUCGCUCUGCUGAUGUCAGAAAAACAGUUGUUGGUUUCAUUGAGGAAGCCUGCAAAGUAGACCAAGAACUCUUAGGAAAAGUCAUGCACAGUCUACAGCUUCUUUUAAAUGACACUUCUAUAGCUGUAUUAAAACGAGUGAUCCAAGCUUUGACUCAACUACACAAAGUUACCCUUCAAUGGCUUGCAAAAGCAAAAUCUGUUACUGGGUUAAUGGAGAGCACAUGGAACAUGUUGAAUCAGAUGAAGUCCCAAAUUGCCAAGAUGAUAGACCAUGACAAUGAUGGAGUGCGAACUAUAGCUGUAAAAUUCUAUGAAAUGAUCAUCAUAUCUCAAACUUACCCCGAACCGGAUAGUGUGCGGAAAGAAAAUGAGUUUAGUUUAGAGGAAGUUCCAUUAACUCUGAAAAUAGCCAGACCUAGAAAACUGGAAGAAGAAGCCCAACUCAUGAUUGAAGACUUGAUGAAAUAUCAUGGAUCUGCACAUAUCAGCAGUGCAAACUUAAUGGCUUGUAUGGGUUCACUCACUCACAUAGCAAAGAGUCGACCUCAAUUUUUGGAUCGGAUUGUAACUGCCAUGGAAAUGCUUCAUGCUAAUUUACCUCCGACUUUGUCAAAAUCUCAAGUUAAUUCAGUUCGCAAACACUUAAAAUUGCAAUUGCUAACCAUACUCAAACAUCCCGCAUCUCACGAGCGCAGCGGAAACAUAAAAACGCUUCUUGCUGAUUUGGGUGCCACACCUCAAGAAAUCAACAAGGCACUGCCAAGUCCUGAAGAAAUUGCAAAGUAUCCUAGGCGAUCAGAACGUGCUGAAGAUUCUAAAAGCGGCCCAGCUGCUAAGCGCAGGAAAAUAGAGGUUGAUGCCGUCCCUCUAGACCGAGAAAAUACUAAAGAAAAAGCUCUAAGCAUUACCGAGGAAUUUAUCGUCCAGCAUCUUUCCACGAAAAAAGCCACCGAUCUUGUGAUUGACGCGCUACCUCGCAUUACCAAUAAUAUGCCUCCACAUUUUUCUUCCACUUACACUCCCGUCUCUGAGGCUGGAACGCCAAAACAAAUUCGUCACGUGGCUCGGCUUUUGGCUUCUCAAAUGACGAAUGUCGGAAUAGGACCUGGAGUUGAUCAAGUCGGAUAUGCUCCAAAAAUGGGAAAUGACUUUGAAGACGAUGACGAAGAAAUGGAUGACGGUGUAGCUGCAGUGUCGCCAAGAUUUCGUGAUGGUGAUGAUCCAGCUAAACCAGGAAUAGCGCAAAUUCAACCUCAAGUGCAAAUCCGUGCUAGGCAAAGAGCGUUGAAAUUGGCGGAAAUCGUCAAGCCCCUGACACCGCAAAUGAACGAGUCGAUGGCUCGAUCAGCUCUUCAACGCGUCUUGAAAGCCGAGCGAACUGCCAUGCUUGGAGGUGUUGCCGCCAAUAGGCAAAAGAUUUUAGCCUCUCUUGCUACUCUCUUUUCUGGAGAUUUUAAAGAUCUCGUGGUAGAGUACAUUAUGUCGGACCCGCGCUCGAGAAUCGAACUGGCUUUCUCGUGGCUCUAUGAGGAAUAUUCGAUGAUCAUGGGCUUUUGUCAUCAGUCGACAAUUGUCAAAGACGAGUACCGCCAGUCAGCUUUCGACAGUUACUCCAGCGUAUUUUGUUCGUUGGUAAAUGAAUUAAAAAAACAAACUGAUCUGAAAGAGCGAGAGAUGUUGCUGAGCCGAUUAUUUCACGAAUCGCCUCACAUACCGGAGGAGGGUGUUUCGAUUUUGCGAUCAAUGUUGUGUGAGGACGCUAAACUGGUGGAUAUUUCCAUUCAGAUUGUUCGCCAACUAGUUCACCGUCCCACUAAGCAACUAGUUUACUUAAAUGUGUUGUUGGAAAUCAGUAGCCACGAAGUCGAAGAAGUCCGUUCAGCUGUCCUUUCCUGUCUGACUGAUUUAUAUGACCGUGGAGCUCAUCGUCGCGUCAUUGAGGAUUACGCUUUAAUGUAUCUAAAAUUUUUGCUGUUGGAAGAACCACCUGCUCUUCUCUGUGGACCCGAAAAAGGCAGAAGCGAAAUUAUAACAACAUGGACCGAAGAGAUUACUAAAGCGUGCCUUUAUCUAUUCCUUGCGAUUCUUCACUCAAAUGAGAAAUUGAUCCACGAAUUGGCACUUGUUUACGUCCAAGCGAAUGCAGACAUCAAGAGAAGAAUUUUGCGAAUGGUUGAGGGUCCUGUUGAAGGCAUGGGAAUGGAAUCCCCCGAAUUACUAAAAUUAGUCGAAACAUGUCCUAAAGGAGCUGAGACAUUGCUUAUCAGAAUCAUACAUAUUCUCACCGAUAAAUAUCCGCCAACCCCUGCGUUAGUCGAUCGUGUGCGCAAUAUCUACCAACAGCGUGUUCCUGAUGUCCGCUUUCUCAUUCCGGUCCUUUCCGGUCUUGGUAAAAAAGAAGUUCUCUCCGUGCUCCCAAAAUUGAUCAAGCUAAACCCCGACGUCGUGAAAAAAGUAUUUGGUCGUCUAUUGGGAACUGUGGGAGAUUCAUCUGCCACUUAUCCCAGUCCGUUGUCUCCUACUGAACUAUUGAUUGCGCUGCAUAAUAUUGAUAGUGCACAAUGUGACAUGAAAACAAUCAUGAAGGCAACAUCAAUUUGCUUCAUGGAACGAGGGGUCUACACACAGGAGGUGCUAGCAGUUGUCAUGCAACAGUUAAUGGAUCAAAAUCCACUACCAACACUACUGAUGCGGACCGUUCUGCAAUCAUUAUCUCUUUACCCAAGAUUAUCAGGAUUUGUAAUGAAUAUAUUACAAAGACUCAUAGUCAAACAGGUUUGGAAGCAGAAAAAGGUUUGGGAAGGAUUCAUCAAAUGCUGCCAAAGAACAAAACCACAAAGUUUUGCUGUUAUUCUCCAGCUACCUCCGCAGUUCCUACAGGAAUUACUGAAUACAUCUCCUGAUCUGAAGACACCUCUUUUGGAACAUGUUAUGGCUUUCACAGAUAAUCAACGAAUGCACAUUCCUAAGCUUACGAUGGAUGUCCUCAACGGAAUUGCUCAAUUUCAAGCCGAAGCCGAAGACCUAAAUAACGAGGAUUCAAAAGAUAAAGAAAUGGGAUCUCCUGAGCCCAUGGAAUCAGCGUUUCAUGGCGACAUCGAACCACCCGCACCGGGGGAAACCUAAUAUUUCUUUAAUUUUGUUAUGAUUUUGGUUUAAUAAGGAAACAUGAUUAAACUAUUGAUUCACAA